AUGGCCGUAACAACUCGAUCAACUAGCAAGCAAACCAGGGGCAACAGAAAAGCCGCUACUCCUAAACCAACGCCAGUCCCUAAGGCCAAAUCUGUUACCAAACCCAAGCCUGCUACCAAAGCAAAGCCUACCCCCAAAGCCAAACCUGCUACCAAGCCUAAGCCUACUACCAAAGCAAAGCCUGCUGCCAAUGUUAAGCCUGCUUCCAGCUCCAAGUCUACCAUCACCCGCCCUGCUCCUGCAGCCAGAUCUCUCCCCGAAUCCUCUUCAGCAACUCGUACGUCAUUGAGAUUAGCUUCCAAGAGAAAGCAAACUGACGAAGAGACCACCCAAAAGCCCACCCAACCUAAAAAGGCAAAGCCCACUCGCCCAACUCAAACGAAAAACCAUCCUACUGCUGCUCCUGUUUCUUCCUCAAGAGCCGAGAGAAGUGGUACAAAUACUGCUACACAGACUUCACCCCCUGUUGCCACUGUUGUCACUGUAGCUCAAGCUGCAACUCAGGAUAGACCCUUCCCUCGUGCUUUAGCUCCUGCCACACCAUUCAAUCCUAUCGUUAUGCCCCAAGAACCUGUCGAAGCCAGACUUCCAGAUGUACGUGAAGGUGAUGUAUUUGACCAUGUAACCAUGAGCAUUACAGAUAGUCUUACUGCACAUGAAAGUGACUUGAUUCGUCUUAAAGAAGAACUCCAUCUGUCUAUUCGUCAAUUAGUGGGAAGAGUAUCUCCUCAGUCCACCGACGUUAUGAAGAGAAAUUUGGCGGCUUAUUGUCAGGAAUUGAGAGAAUCUUAUGAUUAUCUUCGAAACCGCGAGAAAGUUCUCUUUAACACUUUAAAGAUAGGUUUAGCUACCUAUACGCGUCCUCAGGCUGCGGGACAAUCCACUCAGGCUCCCGUUCAAGCUCCUAUUGCUGAAUCCGCUCAAGUACCCGCACAAGCACCUGUUCAAGCACCCAUUGAAGUACCCACUCAAACGCCCACUGAAGAACCUGCUAAAUCACCUAUUGGGGAAAACGAUCAAGCUCCUAUUUGA